CCUCAUUACCUGCCACUAGGUGAAUGAUUGCAAAGGCCCAUCAUCAUUUCUCCCAUCCUUUUGAGUCGUACUUGACCAAUAAUCUCAUAUUCUAGGCUUGAAGGUAUACGUGCUUAGAACAGUGCUCUGCACACAGAGAUGCUGGACAGCAUCACAGAGAAAAGACUUCCAGUCUUUCAAGCUCACGGGUACUUCCGCCAGCUUACUGAUGCAUUGGAAUAUUUGCACAGUCAAGGCAACAUACACAAGGACAUUAAACCAGGCAACCUCUUCCUUACAACCAAUGGGAUGUUAAAAAUUUCUGAUUUAGGUGUAGCAGAGGCAUUGAACCCAUUCAUUGAAGAUGACACAUGUCGAACUAGCCAAGGGUCACCAGCAUUUCAGCCACCUGAAAUAGCCAAUGGCCUAGAGACCUUUUCAGGUUUUAAAAUGGACAUCUGGUCAGCUGGAAUCACAUU